AUGGACAUUCAAGCUUUGGCUGCAACUAUCUUCGUUGCUGAGCACAUUGUUGCAGUUUUGAAAAUAUCGGGCUUAUUGCAGAAUCUGAAAAAAAUUAAGAACCUUAUGAAACAACUUAACAGGGAAACUUUUCAGCCCAAAAGCUCAACUCAGCUGAGAAUGGUCGAACAAUAUUUACAAAUGUGGAAGAUGUUCUAUUUGAUUUAUCAGUGUGGUGUUUUGGCGUUGGGAAUUUUCUGGUUAACUAAACCAAUUUUGGACAAGUCUUAUAAGAGCUAUGAGUUGCCGUUUUUUGCUUGGUAUCCGGUGGAUGUUAAGACGUCCCCUUUUUACCAGAUUGUUUAUUUGUAUCAGUGUGUUGCGUUGUUUUAUAUUGCUCUGGCACAUAUGCAACUUGAUUUGUUGUCUACUGGUUUGAUGGUGUAUAUAGGAAUUCAGUGUGAUAUUUUGUGCGAUAGUUUAACACAUGUUACGUGUUUAUCUGAAUUAAUGGAGUGUAUUAAGCAUCACAAGAAAAUUCUGAGAUUUUCGACAGAUUUUAACGCUUUCUUGGGAAACAUAAUUGUGGCACAGUUUGCCACAAGCGUGGCGACUAUAGCUUUGGGUUUGUUUAAGUUGAGUCUAGCUGUCCCCGGAAGUGCUGAAUUUUAUACUCUAGUCUCAUUUGCUUUGACGACGACUUUAGAAUUAUUUUUAUAUUGUUGGGUUGGAAACGAAGUGGAAAUUAAGAUAAUGCGAAGUUCGUGGUCCUAUUUUGCCGUUUUGAGGCAAAUGAAUUCUCCUCAAGCUUAA